AUGAGUUCUGUGGAAACUGUUGAGAUUUUGGGUUCCAAGACCAUCCAUGUUGGCUACAGCAUACAAUCUCACAUCGUCAGUGAGAUUGUGAGGAACAAGGCUUCCUCCACAUAUGUGAUCAUCACUGACUCCAACAUCGAGAAAGCAGGCCAUCUGGCCUCCUACAAGGCGAAGUUUCUUGAGGAGCUUGCAGUGAGUAGGCCUGAGUCGCGUUUGCUUACUUAUGUUGUCUCUCCGGGCGAAGCCAACAAGACCAGAGCCACCAAAGAGAGUAUCGAGGACUACCUGCUUGCCAGCGGGUGUGUUCGCGAUACCUUCAUCAUUGCCAUUGGCGGUGGUAUUAUUGGAGACAUGAUUGGCUUCGUAGCAGCUACUUUCAUGAGAGGUGUGAGAUUUGUGCAAAUCCCAACCACUUUGCUGGCUAUGGUGGAUUCCUCCAUUGGUGGAAAGACUGCUGUUGAUACCCCGCUCGGAAAGAAUUUCAUUGGGUCUUUCUGGCAACCAGAUUACGUCUUUGUUGAUGUGUCCUUUUUGGAGACUUUGCCAGAACGUGAGUUUAUCAAUGGUAUGGCCGAGGUUAUCAAAACCGCUGCCAUUUGGGACGAGGUUGAGUUCACCAGAUUGGAACAGUACUCCAAGUCAUUCUUAGAGGUGAUUAGAGACAGGAAGGCCGAUGGCACCGUGGACCUGACUCCUUUGAGAGAUCACAUCCUAAAGCUAGUGCUGGGAUCUAUCCGUGUCAAGGCCGAGGUGGUGAGCUUGGACGAGCGUGAAGGUGGCUUGAGAAACCUACUGAAUUUCGGCCACUCCAUUGGUCAUGCCUACGAGGCCAUAUUAACUCCACAGGCUCUACACGGUGAAUGUGUAUCUGUUGGUGCUGUGAAAGAGGCCGAGUUGAGUAGAUACUUGGGUAUUCUCUCUUCUGCAGCCGUGUCCAGACUGUCGAAGUGUCUGAGUUCAUACGGUUUGCCAAUCUCUCUGGAUGAUAAAAUACUGAAGAGUAGGGUAAAUGGAAAGACCUGUCCCGUUGAUGUGGUGCUAAAGAAAAUGGCUGUCGACAAGAAGAACGAUGGUUCCAAAAAGAAGGUUGUGCUGUUGAAAGAGAUUGGUGCGUGCUACGAGCCAAAGGCCUCGGUAGUCUCCGACCAGGACAUUCGUGUGGUCAUUUCUGACGAAGUGAUUGUUCAUCCGUUCGUUUCUCCUCCCAAGAAGGUGGAGGUGGUUCCACCAGGAUCCAAGUCUAUUUCAAACAGAGCCCUUAUACUGGCUGCUUUGGGUAAAGGUGAAUGCAAAAUCAAGAACUUGUUGCACUCGGACGAUACCGGGUUCAUGCUGAAAGCGGUAGCCGCUUUGAAUGGUGCCACAAUCUCUUGGGAAGAUAGUGGUGAUACUGUUGUGGUGAACGGUAAUGGAGGUGAUCUCAUUGCUUGCCCUGAAGAGCUCUAUCUGGGUAAUGCCGGCACGGCCUCCAGAUUCUUGACCUCUGUGGCUGCCCUGGUGAAGUCGAACGGUGAUUUGAAUACCAUCGUUCUCACAGGUAAUGCCAGAAUGCAAGAGAGGCCAAACGGACCUCUGGUGGAUGCUCUUCGCAACAACGGUUCGGAAAUCACUUACCUCAACAACGAAGGCUCUUUGCCAGUCCGUGUCAAGACCGGCAAGGGACUCAAGGGAGGCCGUAUCGAGCUUGCUGCCACAAUCUCAUCCCAGUACGUUUCUUCCAUCUUGAUGUGUGCACCAUAUGCUUCGUCUCCAGUGACUCUUGCACUGGUUGGAGGAAAGCCCAUCUCGCAGCUGUAUGUGGACAUGACCAUUAAGAUGAUGGAGGCCUUCGGUAUAAAGGUCACCCAAUCAGAGACCGAGCCAUACACCUACCACAUUCCCCAGGGUCAUUAUGUGAACCCUGCCGAGUACGUGAUCGAGUCUGAUGCUUCAUCUGCUACAUAUCCAUUGGCAUUCGCUGCCAUGACAGGUACCGAAUGUACCGUUCCCAACAUUGGAUCAUCUUCUCUGCAAGGAGAUGCACGUUUUGCAGUUGAUGUUCUCAGACCAAUGGGCUGUCACGUGGUUCAGACAGAAACCUCUACCACGGUCCAAGGUCCACCAGUGGGUCAAUUGAAGGCGCUGCCUCAAGUUGACAUGGAACCAAUGACGGACGCUUUCUUGACUGCGACUGUCGUUGCUGCUGUUGCAAAUGAUCCAAAACAGACCACGACUAUCACCGGAAUUGCCAACCAGAGAGUGAAGGAGUGUAACAGAAUAGAGGCCAUGAGAGUUCAACUUGCAAAGUUUGGCGUGGUGGCCACAGAGCUUCCUGAUGGAAUUGUCAUUCAUGGCAUCGACUACAAGAACCUGAAGACACCAGAGGCUCCUGGUAUCCACUCAUAUGACGAUCAUAGAGUGGCCAUGAGUUUCUCGCUGCUUGCUGGCUUGGCUCCAGCUCCAGUCAUUAUCCAGGAGAGAAACUGCACAGCAAAGACUUGGCCAGGCUGGUGGGAUACUUUGCACACCACUUUCAAUGCCACGAUUGAUGGCCACGAGUCGUCCUCAAGCUCUGCCACUUCAACUGUUGUUAAUAACGGCGACAAAAGUGUGGUGGUGAUUGGUAUGAGAGGUGCGGGAAAGUCUACCCUGUCAAAGAUUGUCUCGCAAGUCUUGAAUUUCCAGGUCACCGAUCUGGACAAGGUGUUUGAGGAAAAGGAGAACAUUGGAAUUCAAGACUUCAUCAGAAAACACGGAUGGGAAGAAUUCAGGGUCAGAGAAGAGAAGAUCACCAAGGAGUGUCUCAGCACCCUGAGGACUGGCCAUGUCCUCUCCACCGGAGGUGGCAUUGUUGAAAGUGCCGCAUCAAGAGAACUCUUGAAGCAAUACGUUAAAGAUGGCGGAAUUGUUUUGCAUUUGCACCGUGAUAUUGAAGAAACGGUCUCCUACUUGUCUGCUGAUGCCACGCGUCCAGCAUACAUCGAAGAGAUCCAGGCUGUUUGGAAAAGAAGGGAGUGUCUUUACAAAGAAUGCUCCAACAGCUAUUUCUUCUCUCCCCAUUGUUCUUCUGAUGACGAGUUCAAAACGCUCAAUGCUUCGUUUGCCAAUUUUAUUCGCACUAUCACUGGGGCUCCAGCGCCUAUUCCAGAUUCGAGGUCUUUCUUUGUGUGUCUGACUUACAAGAACCUGGGUGAUGCGAAGUCUGACUUGCCUGAUAUUGGCAUUGGUGCUGAUGCCAUAGAACUCCGUGUUGACCACUUGGCUUCGUUUGAUGAGGACUUUGUUGGUGAACAGGUGUCCAUCUUGCGGAACCAUUCCAGUCUUCCGAUCAUCUUCACCAUCAGGACAAAAUCUCAAGGCGGUCUGUUCCCAGAUGACGACAUUGCCAAGAUUGAGUCGUUGAUCCUGCUUGCGUUCAAGAUGGGUGUUGACUACCUGGACCUGGAGUUGACUCUGCCAGCUGCGCUUUUGGACUCCGUUUCUUCUAAGAGGAAGUUCACCAAGAUCAUAGGAUCGCACCACGACUUCUCCGGAACUUUGAAAUGGAACAACGUCGAGUGGGAGAACAGAUAUGCUCUUGCUAAGGGCCUGAAUGUUGAUCUUGUCAAGUUUGUUGGAACUGCCACCACAUUUGCGGAUAACAUUGCUUUGGAGAAAUUCAGAGCUGAUCACACCGAAAUACCUCUUAUCGCCAUAAACAUGGGAGAGUUCGGCAAGAUGUCGAGAGUGGUGAAUCCGCUGUUGACUCCGAUCACCCACAAAGCUCUUCCAUCCGCAUCUGCUCCGGGUCAGCUCACGAUUCAGGAGAUCAACGAAGCCGCUAAUCUGAUUGGUCUGUUGCCUGCGAAGAAGUUCUACGUGGUUGGAACUCCUGUGGGCCACUCUCGUUCGCCAGCACUUCACAACGCUGGCUACAAGGAACUCGGAUUGCCCCACUCGUUUGAGCUCUUUGACACGGGCAGCGUCCAGGAGGUCAACGAGAAGCUUUUCAAAAGCCCCACUUUUGGUGGAUGUGCCGUAACGAUCCCUUUAAAGAUUGAUGUUAUCGAUCAAUUAUCGGAGCUCUCCGACUCAGCCAAGACCAUUGGUGCUGUGAACACGGUUCUGCCGCUAGCAGCAGGCGGUCUCAGAGGAGAUAACACAGACUGGAUCGGAGUGGCCCAAUCUUUUUACAAGUCUGGUGUUCCCAAGCUUUCCAAACAGGCUGGAAUUUCUGGUCUGGUGAUUGGGGCCGGUGGAACUUCUCGUUCUGCUAUCUAUGCUUUGAACCAGAUGGGAUGCUCCACCAUCUAUCUUCUAGGCAGAACGGCUUCCAAGCUUGAAACUGUCAAGGAUCAUUUCCCUUCCUCUUACAACAUCAAGGUAGUCACCACUGCUGAACAGGCUUUGGGGGCCGAUCCAGUUUCGGUGAUUGUGAGCACCAUCCCAGGUUACUCUGACUUGGAUUCGUCUCUAUUGGAAAGUAUAACAGCUUUCUUGGGUAACGGAAAGUCCCAGUCGUUAUUCCAGCCAACGCUGAUGGAGGCUGCCUACAAGCCAAAGGUCACCCAUAUCAUGAAGACUGCUGAGGAACACGGAUGGAAGACCAUUUCGGGAUACCACAUGCUUGCCAACCAAGCAGAAGAGCAGUUCAAGCUGUUUACCGGGAUGUCGGUUUCAUAUGAUUUGAUUUACAAUGCCGUUGCUGCCGAAUAG